AUGCCCUUCAGGCUAAAAAAUACAGGAGCCACAUAUCAGAGAUUGGUGAAUAGGAUUUUUAAAGACCAGCUUGGAAAAACAAUGGAGGCGUACGUGGACGACAUGCUGGUGAAAAGCUUGGUAGCGGAGCAACAUUGCAAAGACUUGAGGGAAACAUUUGAACUCCUUCGACAGUACCACAUGAAGCUGAACCCAUCGAAGUGUGUGUUCAGUGUUUCUGUAGGAAAAUUCCUGGGCUUUAUGGUGACUCGUAGAGGUAUAGAAGCAAACCCAGAUAAAAUAAGAGUGCUACUGGAGAUGGAGGCCCCACGGACAAAAAAGGAGAUCCAAAUUUUGACAGGGAGGAUAGCGUCCCUCAGCAGGUUUAUCUCUUGCUCAGGGGACAAAGGCUUACCUUUCUUCAAGUCACUACAGAAGAAGGGAGGAUUCAAAUGGGGGGAGGAGCAGGCCAAAGCCUUUGAAUUACUCAAACAGUACCUCAGAUCCCCUCCACUCUUAACGAAAGCAAAGAAUGGGGAAGACCUUUACCUUUAUAUAGCAUCCACAGAAAGUGCCGUCAGCUCUGUCUUGGUUCGGGAAGAAGGCAGGAAGCAUCAACCCAUCUACUACACUAGCAAGGUGCUCAGCGGAGCCGAAAAGAACUACUGCAAAGCCGAAAAAGCUGCGUUCUCCAUCGUUUGUGCAGUGCGAAAAAUUGAGGCCUUACUUUCAGGCCCACAAACAGAAAGGUUCUCCGACUCAUCCACUAAGUCAGACGUAUGGACACUACAUGUUGAUGGGUCAUCUAACGCUGCUGGAGGGGGAGCUGGAUUCAUCCUUUCGGCCCCUGAUGGCACUGAAACCCUUUUCGAACUGAAGCUUGAGUUCACAGCAACCAACAACGAUGCGGAGUAUGAAGCUUUGCUAGCAAGCCUGCGCUUGGCAGAAGUAUUAGGGGUGGCACAAAUCAAGGACGGAUCCUUACCAGAAGACAAUAAGGAAGCUCGAAAAGUGAGAAGGAAAGCGGCAAGGUAUACGCUGAUAGGCCGGGAGCUGUACAGACGAUCUCUAACACUGCCCUACCUUCGUUGUCUAAACGAUGAGGAAGGGACAUACGUACUAAGAGAAAUCCACGAAGGAGUGUGCGGAAACCACCUUGCCAGUAGGGCCCUAGCUCACAAAGCCAUGCGGCAGGGGUUUUACUGGCCUACAAUGAAGAAAGACGCGGUCAAGCUCGUCAAGAAAUUGGUUUGCCGUUACGGCAUCCCCUGGGCGAUAGUUACAGACCACGGGAAGCGGUUCGACAACGACUGCUACAAAAAGUUCUGUUCGGACCUAAUUAAGCUCCUCUUCGCGUCAGUGGCGCACCCCCAGAGCAAUGGACAGGUAGAGAACAUGAAUCAGACGAUACUGCAUGGACUGAGGACGCGACUCGAAUCCAUGCAAGGUAGAUGGGCAGAGGAACUCCCUUCCCUUAUAUGGGCAUAUCACACCACCAAGAGAGCAGCAACAGGUGAAACCCCUUUCAUGCUUGUUUUUGGCGCAGAGGCAAUCAUCCUAGCAGAGGUAGGGAUACCCUCUUGGCGAAGACAGUACUUCAACGAGCAGACCAACAAUAAGGAACUCAGAUCAGAAAUAGACCUGCUGGAAGAGAGACAGGAUCAGGCGAGUUUAAAAGUUGCAGCGUACCAGCAAAGGGUAGCAAAGUUCUACAACAAUCGCGUCAAAGUACGGAAUUUCCAGGCAGGAGACUUAGUCCUGAGGAAGACACGAAACAACCCAUCUGAGUCAGGGUCGCACAAGUUAAAGCCCAACUGGGAGGGCCCUUACAGGGUCACAAUAGAGAUAAAACCAGGGACAUACAAGUUAGAAGAUGUAGGGGGGAAAGAAAUUAAGAACACAUGGAACUCGGGAAUGCUAAAAAAAUACUAUUCUAAAAAAUCCGCUUUUUGCAGCGCUGUAAUAAAAGUAUCCAUUACAAAAGUUGCGCUACAUCAAUAA